UGGCCACACUGAAUGUAGCCAAUUUUGUUUCUCUUCAACUCACUUCAGAUAAUUAUGUGCUUUGGAGAACCCAAAUGAUGGCUCUAAUUGAAAGUCAAGAGCUAUUGGGGUUUAUUGAUGGUGAGUAUGAAAUGCUUGAUCCAAAGGUACUUUCAAAUGAGAAGGAAGUACCAAAUCCAACUUAUGUAGCUUGGAGAUGGUCUGAUCGUCUUCUUCGUGGGUGGAUCAUCGGUACCUUAUCUAAAGAGGUACUUGGAAUUGCUGUUGGACUCAAUACUUCAUCAGAAGUUUGGAAGGCAUUGGAGGACCAUUUUGUUCAAAGCUCUCAAGAAGAGAAUUUCACUUAAUGCAAGAGAUUUCAAGUAUCCAAAAGGGUGAUGACACUCUAAGUGGGUACAUCAGAAAGUACAAAGCCCUUUGUGAUGAACUCUCCACACAUGGUAAGAUGAUUCUUGAUAAAAACAAAGUUUUUUG